CCGCUGGUGGUGCUGGCGACAAGGCGGCGGCACGGAGGCUCCACUGGCGUCUCCGCCUGGUCCGGGGCGUGCGUAUGUCCUCUUUCUUAUCGCCUCGUCUCUUUUGUCAACUUGUGUUGUCUGGCACUGUCAAACGCCGACGAGUCAUCAAACCAUGUGUCAAAUUACGCAGGCUCUCGUCCUUUCCUAUAACUCGCCCUACUUCUUCUCCCCUCUUCGCUGAACGAUUCGCCAUCUGCCAUUGCUGCUCGUUGUUAUUGUAACUGUUGUUGCUGCUGCUGUUGAUCACCAGCUUCGCCUGCAUACGCCAUCACCCAUCAUCCCUUUGCCUGUUCUUCACUAGCUGCAGCAGCCUGCUUGCACCAGCAGAUCUCUACUGCGACUUUAGCCGAUCUGCCUUUGACUGCGGCAGUCAUCUGAGCUUGACCACUCGCCUUCGUCAUCGCCAGCAUUCCCCCAAACUCUGCUGCGCUUGGUCUUUUCUUGCCCUUGACAACCCCGGCGUCUCCAGAUUAGCUUCCGCCCAUAACCUUCUUAGGGAGGAGCAACCGGGCUUUGUUUGGCUCUGCAUCUACUCUUGCAUUUCAUAUCAUAUUCUACGCCCUCGAUAUCCCCUACGCUUCCUCUUAUCGCCACCUCGUGCCUCUGACUUCAUGAAGGUUUAAGCACCAACCAACCCUUUUUGUUCGAUCCCGAUAUAUAUAUAAAGUCUCGCCGGACACAUCACCUUGUUUUCGCAUUGCAACCUACACAAACUCACCCUAGGCAUCAUCAUUUCCUACAUCCACAAUGUCCUCUGAUUCGGCCCCAAGCCGUUGGGGCUUCUUAAGCCGACGCAAAAAAUCUGCCAGCGGCGAGGUCUCGGACAAGACGCAUCUUGGCCCUUCGACAUGGAGUAUGGGUGUGCUCAACGACAAGCAGACAGUCGAAGUUCCCGGCUCUGUGCUGCUGCUCGCUGCUAACCGCAACGAGCCUCUUGGUCUCCGCAACAUGAACGCCAGAACCUCUCACUCCUCGAUUCCUGCUGGCUUCCACGUCGACAUGCCCAUGACUCCGGGAGGUACUCGUCCCUUGCCAAUGACUCCAGGCGGUACUCGUCCUAUGCCCACCACUCCCUCAGGUCACUCACACCACGAGGUGGAGGUAGAGGAUGACAAGAAGCGUACGGAGGAUGGCGCCAUCAUCUUAGACCCUCAACCCGAAGAAUCCGCCAACGAUCCUCUCAACUGGCCCAGUUGGCGUCGCGAUAGCGCUCUCCUCAGUCUGGGCUUCUACUGCAUGUUGGGUGGUGGCAUGACUCCUCUCAUUGCUGCCGGUUUCACUGAUGUAGCCCACGACCUCCACGUCGAAGUCGAAACCGUUGCAUUGACAACCGGUUUGUACAUGAUGGGUCUCGGUCUUGGGUCCGUCAUUGCUUCCCCUACCGCCAUUCUCUAUGGCAAGCGUCCAGUCUACAUUGCCAGCUCCAUUCUCUUUAUUGCCACCUGCGUCUGGGCCGGCUACUCUCCCAACUUUCCAUCCUUGGUUGCCGCCCGUGUGUUUCAAGGCAUGGCUAUCAGCCCAGUCGAAUGUCUCCCAUCUGCAACCAUUGCUGAGAUUUUCUUCUUGCACGAGCGUGCGUACCGUAUCGGCAUUUACACCUUACUGCUGCUUGGUGGCAAGAACUUGGUUCCCCUGGUGAGCGCCGCCAUCAUUGGCCGUUUUGGAUGGCGAUGGACCUUUUGGAUUGUCUCCAUGAUUGUUGCCCUCUCUGGUAUCCUGCUUUUCUUCUUUGUUCCCGAGACGUUCUGGGAUAGAACUCCUACGAGGAGCUCUUCCGAUCGUCCGAACUUCUUUAGACGUAUUUCUGCUCGCUACAGCCGCAGAGUAUCGGUCCACACGCCAGUGACACCCAUGCCUCAUCAGGCUUCAGAUGGCCCUCGUCCCCAGUCGCCUGGUGCUGUCGAUAGAAACCCACAGGCACACGUUGGCUUCGCCCCAGCGUCUGUCCGAUCGUCAGUCGACCAUGCAACUGGUACUCCUAGCUCCCCUCACCAUCACAAGCACCUCCACGUCGGUUUUGCGGAUGCUUCCAACCUGGAAAAACAGACUGGCGUCGAUUCUUCCAUGCCAUCUCAACUGACUCCUCCCGCCGAAGAAGAAACCGACAUUCAACGCCCGCAAUCCGUCCACAGUCAUUCUUCCUUCCAUGCAUCUCGCCCCGCGCCUCAUCCUAACAGCGAUACUCUAAAGGUUGAAUCCAGCCAAGACGAAGGCACUAGCUCUUCCAGCGGCGACUACUUCUCCAAGCAUACCGAGAUUGGCGGAGAGUGUAUUCCCCAUUCCCGCUUCAAGUCUCAGCCCAAGAUCCAAGCCUACACUCAUAACUUGAGACAGCUUCCUGCCCAGUCCUUUAUUCAGCAGCUCAAACCCUACCAUGGACGCCUGAACGCUGACAAGUGGCACAAGGUCAUGGUGAGACCCUUUAUCCUCUUGGCCUAUCCCGCCGUCCUCUGGUCCUCUAUCACAUACGCCUGCUCUAUUGGCUGGCUUAUUGUCAUUUCCGAAACCAUGGCCCUCAUCUACAGAAACCCUGAAGGCUACAACUUUGAUGCCCUUCAGACCGGUCUAGUGUACUUGUCGCCCUUUAUCGGCGGUAUUCUCGGCACUGGUGUUGCAGGCAAGAUCAGUGACAUUAUCGUCAAGGCCAUGUCACGACGCAACGGCGGUCUGUACGAGCCAGAGUUCCGCUUGGUCAUGGCUAUUCCCGUUCUCUUCACCACUUGCAUUGGCCUCAUGGGCUUUGGCUGGUCCGCUGAGCAAAACGACCACUGGAUCGUCCCUACCGUCUUCUUUGGCGUCGUUUCCUUUGGCUGCUCUCUCGGCUCCACCACCGCCAUCACAUUUUGCGUUGACAGCUACCGUCAAUACGCCGGCGAGGCUCUGGUCACCCUCAACUUUACCAAGAACAUCAUGCACGGUCUCGUAUUCAGUCUGUUUAUCACCCAUUGGCUAGUCGGUGACGGUCCCAAGAUGGUGUACAUCUGGAUUGGCAUCAUCCAGCUCAUCUUACUCCUCACCACUAUUCCCCUGUACAUUUACGGCAAGCGCCUUCGCAUGUGGACGGUGAGAAAGAACUUUAUGGAGAAGUUUUAGUCCUGUGAGGUUGUUGUGCUGUGGUUAUAAUGAAUGUAACGCAUUUUCCUAUUUUUUGUUUACCUUAGACCCUUUUAUCCUCUUUGCUCUUGAGCGUUUUUGUUUCAAGAUUCUGUUUACCACGACACGUAGACCAUAUUCAGAAAUACAAUGGAUUCAACUC